GGCAAGUCAGCCCUCCCGGAGGCGCUGGGACCGGGUGCGGAGGCCGCAGCCGCGCCGCGAGGGCAGAUCGGCAGCCUCAGCUGCUGCCGCGGCUGUCGGGAUCGUCCCCUGCGGGGCAGCAACAGCGGGGCUCUGGCGGCUCAGGGGGGCGCCCUCUGCUUGCGCGCUCUGCGUCCCUCUCGGUGGUCUGCCCUUCGCCCCGCGACCCCCGCCGAGGGUGGGAGCAGCGCGGGGUCGCAUAGGCCCAAGGAUAGCGUGGCUCGCCGCUUUGCCCGCAGCCAUGGAGCCCGGGCCGCCGGGCAGCUCCAGGCCCGCGGAGCCGGGUCCUUGCCUGAGUGGUCAGCGCGGCGCGGACCACUCGGCUUCCGCCUCCCUGCGGAGCGCGGCCCGGACCGAGCCCGGGCGCCACCCGCUCGCCGUGGCAGCUGUGUUGCCUGCCGGGGGGUGCGGAGAGAGGAUGGGCGUCCCCACCCCGAAGCAAUUCUGCCCCAUCCUGGAGAGGCCGCUCAUCAGCUACACCCUGCAGGCUCUGGAGAGAGUAUGUUGGAUAAAGGACAUUGUUGUGGCAGUAACUGGAGAGAACAUGGAAGUAAUGAAAAGCAUUAUUCAGAAAUAUCAGCAUAAACGCAUCUCACUGGUCGAAGCUGGAGUGACCCGCCACAGGUCAAUUUUCAAUGGACUAAAAGCACUGGCAGAGGAUCAGCUCAACUCUAAACUCUCUAAGCCAGAAGUAGUGAUUAUCCAUGAUGCUGUGAGACCAUUUGUUGAGGAAGAUGUCCUUCUUAAAGUUGUCACAGCUGCUAAGGAACACGGGGCAGCAGGAGCCAUUCGACCUCUUGUAUCUACUGUCAUCAGUCCAUCUGCUGAUGGUUGCUUAGACUACUCGCUAGAACGUGCCAGACACAGAGCAAGUGAAAUGCCCCAAGCUUUUCUAUUUGAUGUGAUUUAUGAAGCAUAUCAGCAGUGUACUGACUAUGACUUGGAAUUUGGAACUGAGUGUUUGCAAUUGACCCUAAAAUACUGUUGCACUAAAGCCAAACUUGUAGAAGGAUCACCUGACCUCUGGAAGGUGACCUACAAACGAGAUCUGUAUGCGACUGAAUCGAUUAUUAAGGAGAGAAUUUCCCAGGAGAUUUGUGUAGUUAUGGAUACAAAAGAAGAUAACAAACAUGUAGGUCAUCUUCUUGAAGAAGUGCUGAAAAGUGAAUUAAAUCAUGUAAAAGUCACAUCUGAGGCUCUGUGUCAUGCUGGCAGACAUCUUCAGCAAAUCAUCUUAGAUCAAUGCUACAAUUUUGUUUGUGUGAAUGUGACGACCUCUGAUUUUCAAGAAACCCAGAAGUUACUGAGCAUGCUUGAAGAGAGUAAUCGUUCCAUUUUAUAUCCUGUUGUUGUUGUUUCAGUUCAUUUUCUUGAUUUUAAAUUAGUACCCCCCAGUCAGAAAAUGGAAAACCUAAUGCAGAUUAGAGAAUUUGCAAAGGAAGUAAAAGAAAGAAAUAUUUUGUUACAUGGCCUUCUCAUACCUUACCCACAGGAUGAUCAGAAGCUACAGGAGAGUUUAAGGCAAGGUGCUAUCAUUAUUGCUUCAUUAAUCAAGGAAAGAAAUUCUGGACUAAUUGGUCAGCUUCUGAUAGCAUGAAGAACACAGAAAAUUACCUACUUUCUAAACCAUCUAUUUCAGUAUCUCUAUCGCUAUUGUGCUUUAUGCCCCCGCUGCUGUGUGUGGUAGAAUGUUUCAGUUGUCUUUUAUAUCUUCUCUAUAAUUUGUAGGAUGUGAUGCUUAGAUUAUAAAGCAGAUUAAUGUUUACAUCUAUGAAAUAAAGAAUACUUUUGUGUAUGACAAAUAUUAAUUGCCUGAACCAGGAAAAAAUAGUAGAUAAGUGGAAAAUAAUAGCCUUCAAAUAAAUCUUUCCACAGAGACGUGAAAGGUCAAAUAGAAAUAAUGAUAGGCGAGCUAUUCUUUCAAGGAAUGAGAAUUUAGAAAACUUCAGCUAUUAUCCUAACUGUUAAUUAAUAAUUUACACUAUUAUGAAGCUAAUGGAUAAACUUCAGAAUUAUUCUCACUUCUAUAAUUGUCCUGUCACCAGGUGAUAUUUUGUCUUUUUGUCUUGUGUUAAAAAUGUCUACACCAUAGUAAAAAAGAGUGAGGGGGAUACCAGGGAUCGGAACUGUUUGUUUCUAGUGUUUUCCCCAUUUGCUACAUAUUACUCAAGAUUCCUAAAAGAGAUGUCAUUUCCUUCUUUUCUAUUUUUGAAUUGUAUGUUAUUUUUGGUUUAUGAACUAUAAUUAUGACUUACAUUAUUUUAAAGUGUCUCUAGUUUUUCUGAAUGAACUUAAAAGUGUCUGGAAAGUUUCAUAUGUGAUUCUGGUCAAUCCCUGGUUAGUUAUCUUCUAUAAGGUAGAGAAUCUAUUGUACAUCAUAGAGUUAAAUUAGUUAUUUCAAUUCAGAUACUGCUACCUUUUAAAAUCAAGUUCUUAUUUCCAGUUUCCAUUGGUAUAUACAUCUGAAAUAUUAAUAUUUCCUCUUGCAUUUUAUAAUUAUGGGUGUCCUUUAAUUCAUUAGAGGUGCCUUUUAAUCUAUACAUACACUUACCUCUAUUUUAUUUUUUAUGUUUUUGAGAUGGAGUCUCCCUUUGUCACUCAGGCUGGAGUGCAGUGCCACAAUAGCUCACUGCAACCUCUGCCUCCUGGGUUUAAGCAAUUAUCCUCCCUUAGCCUCCAGAGUAGCUGGGAUUACAGGCACCCGCCACCACACCUGGCCAAUUUUUUUUUUUUUUUUUUUGUAUUUUUAAUAGAGAAGGGUUUUUGCCAUGUAGGCCAGGCUAGUCUUGAACUCCUGACCUCAAGUGAUCUGCCUGCCUCGGCCUCCCAAAAUGCUGGGAUUAUAGGUGUGAGCCACCAUACCCAACCAACAUAUAUUUAUUUUAUUGAAACAGAUUAGGGCUUAGGCUGCACGUGGAAACUAUAAAAGUUGCAUGAAAUGUUUUCAGUUAAAGAUACACUAUACAAUAUCUACCUUGUGGAAUUUUUAUUUAACAUGUUGGGUGAUUUUCCCUCUAGUGUUCAAGUAUCUAUAUAGUAGGAGAGUUUACAUUUUACAUUCUCCUAAUUGAAUGUGUUAUUUGAAUGCAGGCUUGUAUCUAAAUUCCUGGGCCUGCCACUUUUUCUCUCUCUAGGAAUAUUAAGAAAUUUAAAACCCAUUAAUUUAAGUUUUUGAGGAUGGAAAUAGGUAAGCAAUGUGUGGACUGUGGUUAGAAUGUCUCUGCCCUUGUUCAGGUGUUGGCUGUGUGUGGCGAAAACCACAGCUGCCGAGUCCGCAACAUGGACCUGUUGAAGUCAUCAGGUGAAAAUGUUUAAGACUUUGAAAGUGCUCAUAAAGGAAGAAGGGGAAAUGUUAUCAAGGCUUUAAAGAGAGGGUAAGUGCCUUUAAGAAGAAUGCAGGAAACUGGACGUAUCUGUGGCACAGCAAAAUCACCCUGAUCUCUGGAGCGCUGGCUGAGUUAACAUAGACUUCAGCUUAAGGAAUCCUACAGCAGACAAGAAUUUAUCCCAGAGCACUCACUAUGACAUUACCGUAGGCAACUGGUAAUAUUUAGUAUAAUUUAGUUAAUAAAAUAUUAAAUUGUGCCUGAAAAAAAUAGCAUUUGGUCCUUCGUAGCAGACAAAGCAAUUCACAGCAUUGGAAAAAAAAAAAUAUAUAUAUAUAUAUAUCUGCACAUCCUUCACUAUUUUCAUGAGGAAAUUGGAGCUCAGAGAUCUUAGUUACCUUGCCCAAAUCAUGUGACUGAAUAGUAACAAAAGUUUGGGCUUAAACUCAGGAAGACUGAUAAUAAGUGUUAAGCUUAUAUUCCUGUCUAACAAUGACCCCUGGCAAAGACAUCUGAAAGACGUGAUAUAUAAGCCAGAGGCACUGAAUGAACAUUGGCGAAAUGAACAAGAAGGGUGGGACACAUAUGUCCAAGGACUAGAUGAAAGUCCUGGAACUUUUGGCUCUCCAGCCACCUUCCCAACAUAAAGAAAUUGUAGCUAAAGUUAAGGGAAUGAAGAGAAGUAUUGGCCAAGAGAGAAAUUAUUUUGUUGUUUAAGAGAUCUGGCUGGGUGCGGUGGCUCACGCUGAUAAUCCCAGCACUUUGGGAGGCCGAGGUGGGCGGAUCAUGAGGUCAGGAAAUCGAGACCAUCCUGGCUAACACCAUGAAACCCCGUCUCUACUAAAAAUACAAAAAAAUUGGCCGGGCGCGGUGGCUCACGCUUGUAAUCCCACCACUUUGGGAGGCCGAGGCGGGCGGAUCACAAGGUCAGG